CUGGCCGUCCCGGUCAGCGACAACGCCACCAGCGGCGGAACGCCGCCUUCCGCCACCACCAAUCCCCUGUUCAACACACUCUCACCGCACACCUGCAACAGGGUCGAUACUGCGAAUUCCUUCACCCUAUCCUCGCCGUCCUCCAACGCCUCCACCAGGGCGGCGAUCCCGUUCUCCCUCACCACCGCCUCCCGCCCCGCCUCAACCCCGGCCAGACUGCCCAGCACCACCGCCGCCUUCUCCGCCAGUCCUUCCUUCCUCCCGUCCGCCGCCACCAGCGCCACCAGCGGCCCCACGGCCCCGGCCGCCACCGCCCGCUCCUUGUUCGGCGCCGCCGUGCACAACUUGUACAGCGCGGCGAGCGCGUCUUUCUUCCCCCGGCUGGACCCGCCGGCAAGCAGUGCCACCAGCGGCGGAAUCGCGCCGCACGCGCCAAUCGAGAGCCUGGCCUCGUCCGUCGCGGCCAGACUGAGGAGGGCGCAGGCGGCGUUCUGCUUCGAUGCUUCGGUGCCCAUUAGGGCUUUUGCGCCGCCGCCGGCGGCGAUUAGGGUUUUGUUGCCGUCGUGGAGGGAGAGGUUGAGCAGGGCCGUGACGGCGUGCUCCUGGGUAUCCGGGUCGGGGCAUCGUAGUAGAGGAAUCAAAGCGGGUAUGGAUCCGGAUUCCCCAAUUAGGACCCGAUUGUCCGCCCGAUUUUUCGCCAGGAGGCGCAAUUUAGCCGCCGCCGAUCUUUUCAGAGCGGUAGAUGUUGACCGGAGGGCGUCGACGCAGAGUUUCACCGUCGGCUGGAGGUCCUCCGGAGAGAUGCUCUCAAUUAUCUCCGUCGAAAACGUCUCCCUCUCUAAAAACCCGGAACACGGCUCCGGUUCGGUUUCCGAUUCCGUCCCCAAGCUCCGCCGCUGGUUCGUGUCAGUGUCGGGUAGAGCAGCAAGAUGCCGGAGCUCGCCGGAGAUGUCGCUGGAGCACGCCGAUAAAUCGCUGAACGAGCGCGAGAUAUCCAAAAUAUCGCUGAUGUCGGAGAGCGGCGAGUUUUUCGAACCUCCAGACGGUUUAACGGCGAGCUCGCCGAGCUCGAGGUCGAUGACAGAGUCGGUGAGGUCUUCGGAGACGUUGGGGGAGCUCUCGGGGGCCGGGCCGGAUCUGUACAUGUUGGACCGUAUUCUGCGCAUGGAACGGCCGAAGGACCGGGUCGCCGCGGCGGAGGACGGCGGCGGGUACGGCCGCGUGAGGGGGCACCGGUGCGUGCCGCCGGAGCAGGAUUUGGAAUCCUCCAACGAGAUCAUGAUGAGAAAC